AUGAAAUCAUCGUGUCCAACCUCGACAUCGGUCCUCCUCCUCCCCCUCCUCCUCUCGUAUCUUCCUUAUUGUAUAGCUCAAUCGACGAACUCGACCUUCCCCAAGCGCGGCCUAUGCUACAUCGGGACCGACAGCUCCGAACGCGACGCCUCGAUCUUCACCCACGAGAACAGUCCCCUGACGUGGUACUACAACUACAGCCCCUGGCCGGGCCCCAGCUCCUCGCUCGCGCGCUGGACCACCGAGUUCGUCCCGAUGGUCCACUCGGCCUCGGACGCCCACGCCGCGGUCGACACCAUCCAAAGCAUCCUGAACGGCUCACUGAAUGUCGGCAUCGCAUCAAGCCCCAGCAGCCGCCGCGGGAACCACAUCCAGCACGUCCUCACGUUCAACGAACCCGACGGGGACACCUCGUCCGGCGGCUCCGACUCGUCCCCCUCGCACGCCGCGCAGGUCUGGCUGGACACCAUCGCCCCGCUACGCGCGCCGCCGUAUAAUCUGCGGGUGUCGCUGCCCGCGACCACGGGGUCCGGCCGUGGUCUCGAGUGGCUUAGGGACUUCAAUGCGUCGUGUUACCGCCUGAACCGCAUGGCCGGGUGCGCGUUUGAUUUCGUGGCCGCGCACUGGUACGGCGAUUUCGUCGGCCUGAGUUCCUGGCUGGGCCAGCUCCGGGAGGUCUACCCCGAUAAGCCGAUCUGGGUGACCGAGUUUGCGAUCCCCAGUGUGACGGACGACGAGACCGAGGCGUUCAUGAAUCAGUCGCUGCCUUACCUUGACGGGUUGGAUUACGUGGACCGGUAUUCUUGGUUCGGCGCGUUCAGGGAGGACGAGGCGAAUGAGUGGACGGGGGAUGCGGUCAGUCUGUUCGAUCGCCAUGGAGGUUUGACUGAUCUGGGGGCUUUGUGGAUGGGUGGGCUGCAGAAUGGGUUCGAGGAGGGGACCAGUGCAGGUGAUGACGAUGAUGAUGAUGGCGGUGGUGGUGGUGAUAGUGGUGGUGGUGUGCUGAGGUGGGAUAGUCGGUUGUUGGUGCUAUGGUUGGUGAUAGGCAUUAUGGGGUAUAUAUGGUGA